GACAGACUGGCAGACAACUUCGGCCAGGAAACCUUGUGCUUUCAGUUCAGUUUUCUGAGAAGUGCAACAAAAGAAAUCAUUCAAGUGUUGAGAUACUGUAUACAUCUCCAGCGUAGUGAGUUUUGUUGGGGUGCUAUUGGGGAAUGAAGUGCACAAUGUUGAAUCUCAUCAUCCAUCUCAUCUGCUUCCAAGCCUAUAGAUCAGUGGAAGGCACCGAUGACUGGUGGGCCAAAAGUCCUGCAUCUGUAACGGCACUGAAAACCUCCUGUGUUGUAUUGCCCUGCACUUACAAUUACCCGGUAUCAGGCAUUACAGAAUGGCUUGGAAUCUGGUUCAAUGGAGACACAUCCACAGACGCUGUCAGAGUGUAUGACCACGACGCCUCAAGAGUGGUCAACCGUUACUAUUCUCGAGUCUCAUUGGUCGGGAAGUUAAAUGAAAAGAAUUGCUCACUUAAGAUGACUGGCAUUACAGACGGGGACGGAGGAUCAUACUGGUUUAGAAUUGAGAUGGGAGAACAUAAAUACUCCUUUAUAAAUUAUAAAGUGGUCCUUUCAGUCAAAGAUGAAGCUGACCGUCCAUCACUGUCUGGAGUGGAACAGGAAGUGAGAUCGGGAGACAGCAUGACUGCUUCCUGCUCCGUGUCUCAUUCCUGCCCCCCUCACCCUCCCACUUUCACCUGGAACAUCGAUGGCACCGUCACCAGCCAAUCAGAGGAGCUGAGCGAUGGACAACACAAGCUGACCUCCAGUCUGACCUUUGUCGCCGCCGCCAACCAGAACCAGCAGCCAAUCACCUGCUCUGCUCAGCAUCACGGCGGGAAGACAGUCAGCUCCUCCCAUGUCCUCAGAGUUCGCCACGCUCCAAUAAAUGUCACGAUUGACCCCUGGGAGCCGGCGGUGCUUGAGAACAGCUCCGUAACGCUGAGCUGCUCCGCUGUAGGGAACCCUGCCAUCUCCAGCUACCGCUGGGGAAACCAGAGUGGGAGUCUGCCUCCUACGCAAGGAGCUGCCCUCACCCUGCCCAAGGUCACCAGGGGCAUGCGCACCAUCAGCUGUGUGGCUGUCAACAGCGAGGGGGAGGCCACCUCCAGGGCAAUGAGCAUUAACGUGGAGUAUCCUCCAAAGGUGUCGGAGGAGUCCCUCUGCAGCGCUAGCUCCUCAGGCACUCGGUGUAACUGCACGGUCGUGUCCAAUCCACCCUCCACUGUGAAGUGGGUCUGGGAGCACGACAAUAAAGAGUCGCCUAGGAUACAGAGCGGCGCUGUCACCAUGGCCAUUGAUCUCCUGCCCGCCGGCGUCCGCGAGGUUGGAUGCCUUGCCAAAAACAAACAUGGCGAGACGUUGAAAAUGCUCCAUGUCAAAAACGACCUGCAGUCCGUGUAUAUAUCAGUGGGUGUGGCUGGACUUCUGGUGCUGAUGGCUAUUAUAACUCUCACCGUUAUUGGACUGAGGAAGCGCUCCAGGAAACAGCAGCAGCAGCAGCAGCAGCAGCAUCAGCAAAAUAAGGAAAUGGGAAAUCCUGUCUAUUAUGAGAGGAAGCAUCCAGGUGGAAAAACACAUUCCGAAGCGAAAGAGGAAGAUCUCAAUCUUCACCAACAGAAAGAUCAAGAUGUGUACGGCAAUGACGCCAUGACACAGAAAGAUCAAGAUGUGUACGGCAAUGACGACGUGACACAGGUGGAGGGAGAGGGAGACGAUAUCUACGCCAACACAUCAUACGGCUGUGAUGAUGCAGAAGCUCCUGAUGACAUUUACGCCAAUUACUAGAGCCCAGGAGGCAGCGCGGCCCGGCCCGCCCGGCCGAGGAGAACCAGAGAGCUGGAGGAGGGGGGAGGCAGCAGGGGAUCCCCGCCGGGCAGUCCCCCAGCUUCAUGCAGCUCCUGGCAGGGGUGCCACACUGCAAGCUUAGCUUAGUGUAACGCCAUCACCAGCCACAUCCACCAUCCUCCAAUUUCCAUUUUGAAACACUGCCACAUAAAUGAAAUGUUAUAUGCGGCCUAUCGUACCGUACGCAUGUGGUUCCCAACCGUUUAUAUGAAUGAAAUGUUAUAUGCGGCCUAUCGUACGCAUGUAGUUCCCAACCGUUUAUCUAAAAUGACCAAAAUUUUUACCUUUGGUGGACAC